AUGGUAGUUAGGUCUGAUUCUUCUCAAUAUGCGAAAUCAAAGGAAAGGGCGAUCUGGUGGAUGAGCUUGAGUUUGAAGCCUUCGAAAAGACAAUGUCCUUUGGUAUCGCCUAAGGAGGCUCGUGAGUUGAUUCAUGACUCGGUGAAUAAGCAAAAUAGAAUAAGUAGCUUCGUGGGGUGA